AUGAUACGUCGCAGAGUCCAGGACAAGGUUGCCGCAGCAAAAGCUGAGGCAGAGCGCAAAUGCACUGUAGAAGGCUGGGUUUUGCCCAAGCAAGAAUCCAGUUGGGCUCCCGCAGGGACAUGGAGCAACGCUGAUCUUGAUGUUACUCCCCCCGACCGUCGCACAUGGACCAGUUGGACAAUCCUGGGCUACUGGAUCAGUGACGUGAUUAGUAUUCAAAGCUGGGAAACGGGGAGUAGCAUCCUCGCAGUCGGAUUAUCAUGGCGCGAGGCAAUUUUCAGCAUCGUCUUCGGUUCCACCGUCAUGGCUGUGCCCAUGACACUGCAUGGCUAUGCAGGCUCUAUGACUCACGUCCCUUUCGCUGUUCUUGCGCGAAGUGCCUUUGGCUUUCAUUUCGCCAAGUUCCCCGUGAUCGUGCGCCUCAUCACUUGCUUCUUCUGGCACGCCAUAACCAACUACCUUGGAAUAGGAGCCACGACGCAAGUGAUACGUGCGAUAUGGCCGUCCUAUCGGAACAUCCCUAAUCAUCUCCCUGCAUCCGCCAACAUCACCACUCAGGAGAUGAUAUCAUAUUUCAUUCUUUGGACUAUCCAGUUCCCCUUGUUGACAAUUCCGCCGUACAAGAUGAAGUGGCUUUUCAUGAUCAAGUCGGUUAUGAUUAUAGCUACCAUCCUAGGCAUGGUGAUCUGGGUCUGUACCCAAGUCAAUGGUUCCGGCAAUAUUUGGGAUCAGCAAGCAACUGUUUCGGGCUCGCAGAAGGCCUGGAUGACGAUGUGGGCGCUCAACAGCUGCACUGCGAGUUGGUCCACGGUUGGGGUGAAUAUCCCGGACUUUACUCGCUAUAUUGGUUCACCAAAGACAUCACUGUCCCAGGGAUUGUGGUUCCCUCUGAUCUGCAGCUGGGUUGCUGUUAUUGGUAUUGUGGUGACGUCCGCUUCGAUCACGCUCUAUGGAAAGACCCUAUGGGAUCCCAUCUCCAUUGUAGACACCUGGGACGGCCCUGCUGGAAGAGCCGCCGCUUUCUUCGCAGGUCUCAGCUGGGCUCUGGCGCAAAUCUGUGUCAACAUCUCGGCCACUGUCAUCAGCGGAGCCAAUGACAUGACAAGCCUGUGGCCCAAAUACAUCAAUAUCAGACGCGGUGCGAUUAUCCUCACGGUGCUGGGUGGCUGGGCCUUGGUUCCGUGGAAAAUAUACAACUCUGCAUCAUCUCUGCUCAACUUUAUGAAUUCAUUGGGAAUCUUCCUCGCUCCGAUUAUGGGCAUCCAAAUUGCCGACUUCUACGUCGUCAAGCGUCAAGCAAUCGAUAUCCCGUCCCUUUACCAGCCUCAUGGUCGAUACGCCUAUUGGCAUGGAAUUAAUUGGCGUGCACUUGCUGCAAUGGCAGUAGCCGUCGGGCCUACUCUUCCGGGACUGAUCAACGCCGUCAACCCCAACAUUGACAUUGGAGGUGGCGUAUACAUUACAAAUAUUAACUGGUAUUAUGGAUUCCUCAGCUCUUUUGGUAUUUAUUCGGUGCUGAGCCUGCUGUUCCCCGCUCAUGAGUCGCUCGUUCCGCGGAUGGUGCUUGCAUCUGAGGAAUAUAUCGAAAAUGGAGAGGAUUCGCUGCAGGCAGAGAAUAAGGAGGAGAUGGAGAGGAAGAGGGAAAAGGGUUUAUAA